GCCCCGGGGGCGGCACUAACUCAGACAUAUGCGGCUCAAUGCGUGAAUACCCCUGGUUUCACGGAAUGCUCAGUCGUUCAGACGCCGCACAACUCGUGCUCAGAGAAGGCACUCUAUGGCACGGAGUCUUUCUGGUGCGACAAAGUGAGACCCGAAAAGGCGAAUACGUCCUGACAUUCAAUUUUCAGGGCAGAGCUAAACACUUGCGAAUGGCUAUCAUUAACGAAGGCCAGUGUCGGGUUCAGCACUUGUGGUUCCAGACUAUAUUCGAUAUGUUAGAACACUUUCGCAUACAUCCCAUCCCAUUAGAGUCUGGCGGCACAUCUGAUGUCACUCUCACUGAUUAUGUCAUCUUUUAUGAAAAUUCACCGGCGAGUCGUGGAUCGCCAUCUCCUCAACUUAAUGCUCAGAACACAAGCGAACCAUUGAUUAGUAGUAGUAAUAGUAGC